AUGAAAGAACUAAAUAUCGGGGCGUCUAAUGGUUUGGAGGGUGCGAUCACGCGAACAAGUCUCAGUUCUGUGGACUCGGGCACCAGUUCCCCCAAUUCCUCGCAUUUUAUAGUCGUUGCCAUCGAUUUUGGCACAACUUUUAGUGGUUAUAGCUUUGCAUUCACCAGAGAUGUAGACAAUGCUAUUCAUAUGAUGAGAAAAGUCGAUGGUUGUGAUCCCGAUGUAAGCAACCAAAAGAUUCCGACGAUAUUACUUCUCAAUACUGACGGCGCGUUUCACUCGUUUGGAUUCGCAGCUCGAGAUCAUUACUCGAGUCUUGAACCAAAGGACUCCAAGAAGUGGUUCUACUUUGAAAAGUUUAAAAUGGAUUUGCAUUACAAUCAGUCAUUAUCAUUGGACACUAAAAUCAAAGCAACGAAUGGUAACAAAUGCAUGUCUGCGCUGACUGUGUUCGCACACGCGUUGCGUUAUUUUAAACUACUGGCGCUCCAAGAACUCAGUGAUCAGUCAGCCAUCAAUAUUCUCAAUGAAGACAUCCGUUGGGUUAUUACAGUUCCGGCGCUCUGGAAACCAUCGGCCAAACAAUUUAUGAGAGCAGCAGCUUAUGAGGCCGGUAUAGGAAGUGCUGACAAUAGCUGUCAACUUUUGAUAGCAUUAGAACCAGAAGCGGCUUCAAUAUACUGUCGACGCCUUAAAUUCAAUCAAUUGAUACCUAUGUGUCCGCCACAGAGACACGCAUUACUUCACGACAAGAAUAAUACAAAUGAUGAUAAUAUAGCCGUUGAAUGCCAAACAGAUUCUGCCGACGCUAUAAAGAGCUAUAAUAGUUGUGUUGAGACAGCAUUUACUAAAGGCACCAAAUAUAUAGUGGUAGACGUGGGCGGAGGUACUGUUGACAUCACUUGUCAUCAGAUCCAGAAUAAAGAGGGAUCUCUUAAAGAGUUACACAAAUCGAUGGGAGGGCCCAACGGGUCUAUUGGCGUUGAUUUAAACUUCGAGAAGAUGUUAUCAGAAAUAUUUGGCACCGAUUUUGUCACUCAAUUCAAGUGCAAGAGACCGGCCGGUUAUGUGGACCUAAUGGCUGCUUUCGAGGCCAGGAAGAGGAGCGCCAGUCCCCUACAGACAACCACUUCUAAUAUAUCCCUUCCCUUCUCUUUUAUAAACUUUUUCAAAAAAGUUAAGGGAAUUACAGUCGAGAAUGCAGUGAAGAAAUAUACGGAUAGGAAAGGGAUCACCUAUUGCUCCAAACUGGGAAUGCUUCGGUUGGAGCCCGUGGUUAUGCAGCAACUGUUCGCACCGGUAACCAAACAGAUCAUUAGUCACAUUUGGGAUAUACUGAACAGUAGAUCAGUCAAAGACGUCACAUAUCUGUUCCUUGUCGGAGGUUUCGCUGAAUCACCGAUACUUCAGUCGCACAUAAGGAACGCCUUCUCCUCGCGACUCAAACUAAUUAUCCCUCAAUCACCUAAUCUGGCGAUACUUCGCGGCGCUGUUAUGUACGGUCUCGACCCCACUGUCAUCAGCUGUAGGCGCGCUAAACUCACGUAUGGGGUCGGAGUCCUUAACCGAUUCAUUCGUAACAAACACCCGCUCCAUAAGUUGGCCAUCAAAGACAGCAUCGAGUGGUGCGCUGAUGUCUUCGACAGAUUCGUGGUUUGCGACCAAUCCAUCGGCUUAUAUGAGUCCAUCACCAGGAGCUACACCCCUGUCAAUGAGGGCCAGACCUGUAGUAUUAUUCACAUCUAUUGCAGUGAAAGAGAUGACGUCGAGUACAUCACAGAUACCGAUGUCCAUCGAUGCGGUACUUUAUAUCUGGAUUUGGAUCUCAUCCCAGAGUCUAAUCAUAUAAACCCAGCCCUCAAAGCGAUGGUUAAGAGGGAAAUACAAACGCAAAUGAUUUUCGGCGACACAGAAAUCAAGGUCUGUGCGUUGGAUGUGUUGACCGGCAAGUGUGUCAAAGCUGAGGUCGAUUUCCUAAGCAACUGA